ACCUUCUCUAGUAUAUAAACUCCAUGAGUGAUAGAGUUUCUCAGCAACAACCCUAAACAAGUACAGGUCUCUUGGUCUUGUACUCUUGCAUAUCAAACGUCUUUCUUAAAUUCGCAAAUAUUUCUCAUUGGUUUUCGUCCUUUUUAAGUUUUUCGGAUACUUUCAAGGUCAAGUAAUGGAUUCAGUAAUGGGACUGACAACAGACAAGCCAGUGGUGAUAUUCAGCAAAAGCUCUUGUUGUAUGUGCCACUCUAUAACAACACUUAUAAGCAGUUUUGGUGCAAACCCUACGGUUUAUGAACUGGAUGAGCUUCCCAGUGGAGAGCAACUAGAAAGGGCACUGCAGGCGUCCGGACGAAGGCCAACUGUACCAACUGUGUUCAUUGGACAAGAAUUGAUUGGAGGGUCCAAUGAGAUUAUGAGUCUUCACGUUCAGGGCAAACUGGUCCCCUUGCUCAAGAAGGCUAAAGCCAUAUGGCUUUAGCUUCUUGAUUAUUACAUAGUAGUUAUACGGUAAUAGGGAGAAAGAAGCGGGUAAAUUUAAGUAGAAAAACUGUACGAGAAAAGUUGCUAUUAGAUGUAAUUGAGACGCUUUUCUGCAUCAUGCUCAAUUGACUACUCUAUGUUCAACCUUGUGUUAUGUAUCUGUCUUCAUUUUAUUUUAGUGUGACAAAGUAGUACUUACUUUUC